ACCCUAAAAAAAACACACACACAAAUGUUAGGGUAUGGAGCAAUAGUGUGGUCUGUCUGUUUCUUCUUCUUAAGCCAUACAGUGUCUGCGGCUGAAGCUGGAGAAUGUCGGAUAGAAACAAGGGCAGGAAGCAACCAAGACGGGGAGCAGCGGUUCUUUAGAGAUCGUCCUCCGAUCUCUUACUGCAUGACGGUUAAGUCGUGUAGCACACUCCUGGCUACGCCGAAGGUGGAUAAGGUCGAAUCUCGUCCCUUCUCCGUUGGUGGAUACAACUGGACUUUUAGCAUCAAACCGAACGGGUCCAAUGACGGUGGUAACACGUGGAUUUCGGCGUAUGUUAGAAUCGUCAAUCAAACUAGCGACGUUUACGCAGAUAUCGCAUUUACCGUAUAUAGCAAGGCUUACGAUCAGUACUGGACUUCACUUGAUCCCAAGACGAGGCGGUUCAAUACAAUCAGGACGGAGUGGGGAAACGCAAAAUUCAUCAGCCAUACCGAUUUCAAAGACACGGAUAAAGGGUACUUGUUCGAUAGGGACGAGUGCGUGUUUGGUGUCGAUGUCUUGGUUUCUCCGGUCUUUAAGGAGUGGGAGGUCUUAUCCAUCGACAAGAGAUUCUUCAGCCCUUACUCGUGGAAGAUCCCGAAAUAUUCGACCUCUACCGAAGAGUAUCUCGACUCGCCUGAAUUCCCAAACGCAGGAAGAAACUGGUCCUUGAAACUGUAUCCAACCGGAGCUUCGGAGGGAAAGGGCAAUUCUCUGUCCCUUUUUCUUACGCUCGGUAACAACGAAACGCUACAGCCUUACGAAAGGAUUUACGUUCAAGGCAAGCUGCGGGUUCUGAACAAAAAUCCACACGGAGAACACGCAGAAAAGCAAAUUAACGUCUGGUUUAAUCGCCCGGGAGAAAGUUGGGGGCAUCGAAAGUUCAUGUCUUUGGCCGAUGUCCGGAACGCAUCCAAAGGGUACAUUGUGGGAGAUACGAUCGAGGUCCAAGUCCAAGUCGAGGCUCUUUCGUCAACUCUUUACUAUGGUUCGAGCAACGUUAAUGCCCAGCUUGUGAGUUCUGCUUAGUUUUGUCUGCCAAGAAAACCCCGUCUCUAUCUAUGACGCAAGAGAUAAUCAUUGUCUCCUAGCGAAUGAGCGAAUAAGACUCUCUUGGCCAUCUUCUUGUUUUUGUUUUGUAUUACGUAUGAUGCGACGCUUUGUAUUUGUAAACUUUUUUUUUUUCUGGUUGCCCGUCCGGUAUCUCGGUGUCUAGAGCUUUGUCCCGAUCGAUCCAGACUCGGCCCGGAUCGCGCACCUGACUGUGGUGGGUGAAUCUCCCAACAAAAAUAAAUGUAAACGCCUCGAGACCCGCUUAGAUGAAUCCGAGCGGCUUACCACUCGGACCAACCUCCGUUGGUAUAUUUGUAAA